CAUUUGAGUGGCUAUUGUCCUCCUUUGGAUUUGGUCCUGGGCAGUUCCCUCCUCCUGGAAACUUCUUUUCCCUACUGUACUGGUAGAUUGCAGAGACCUGACACUGCUUGAGGACUGCGGAGGGAGCCGUGGCCGUUUCCACUCUAAGGCAGGAACCAGCUGGUCCAGCAGGCCUUCUCCUCAGCUGCAGAGCCUGAGCCCUUGUGAAGCUGGCGAUGACAAGUCUGAAUGGUCGCCAUGCCGAAAAAACCAUUGACAUGCCAAAACCAUCAGCCCCCAGAGUGCACGUGCAGAGAUCCGUGUCCCGAGACACUAUCGCCAUUCACUUCUCAGCAUCCGGGGAGGAGGAGGAGGAAGAGGAGGAGGAGUUCAGGGAGUACUUUGAAGAGGGGCUGGACGACCAAAGCAUUGUAACGGGGCUCGAAGCCAAGGAAGACCUCUAUCUUGAAACCCAGGGUGGCCAUGACCCCGCUGGCCCUGGCACCCAGCUCAUCCUGGCAGACGGGCUGUCUGUGUCCCCUGCCAUUUUGCCCGUCUCCGAGAACACUGUAAAGCUGCUGGAGCCCCGUCCUCUGGCAGUGCAGGUAUUAAGUACAGUGCCAUUGGCUCUGUCCCCAGGGUCGUCUUCGUCAGGGCCCUUAGCCAGCUCUCCCAGCGUGUCAUCCCUUUCUGAGCAGAAAACCAGUUCUUCCUCCCCGCUGUCCUCACCUUCCAAGUCUCCUGUCCUCUCAUCCAGUGCCUCAUCCUCCACCCUUUCCAGUGCAAAACCUUUCAUGAGCCUUGUGAAGUCCCUGUCGACCGAGGUGGAGCCAAAAGAAUCCCCACACCCCCCACGGCACAGGCACUUGAUGAAGACAUUAGUCAAGUCUCUGUCCACUGACACCUCCAGGCAGGAGUCAGACGCCGUGUCCUACAAACCACCCGACUCCAAGCUGAAUUUACACCUGUUCAAGCAGUUCACGCAGCCACGCAACACAGGUGGAGAUUCUAAAACUGCACCCUCUUCCCCACUGACUUCGCCUUCUGACACGCGCUCCUUUUUCAAAGUGCCCGAAAUGGAGGCUAAAAUCGAAGACACUAAACGACGCCUUUCAGAAGUCAUAUAUGAGCCUUUUCAGCUUUUUAGUAAAAUUAUGGGGGAAGAAAGCGGCAGCCAUAGGCCCAAAGCCUUAUCUUCAAGUGCUUCAGAACUCUCCAAUCUGUCCAGCCUGAACGGCCACCUGGAAAGCAAUAACAACUACAGCAUCAAGGAGGAGGAGUGCGACUCCGAGGGCGAGGGGGAGGGGAGCGGCCCCAGCGCCCCCGCCCCAGGGACUGACCGCCCGCAGGCCGCCGAGGAGCCCGCGAGAGAGGCGGAGCCGAAGAGUUCCCAGGGGAGCAGCCUGAAGGAUUUAGGCCUGAAGACCGGCUCUCUGGUUCUUGAGAAGUGCUCUCUGUCUGCCUUAGUGAGCAAAGAGGAUGAAGAGUUUUGUGAACUGUACACCGAGGACUUUGACUUGGAAACGGAGGGGGAGAGUAAAGUGGAUAAGCUCCCGGAAAUCCCUCUCAAGCCGGAGGCGCUGGCGGAUGAUGGCGCGGCUCUGGACAGCGACCACGAGGUGGACUCAGCCGUGCAGCACGCGGACUUACCGGUGAAGACGCUGGGCUUCUUUGUAAUGUGCGUCUAUGCGUACCUCAUCCUCCCCCUCCCGCAUUACGUGAGCGGACUCUUUCUGGGCAUUGGCCUUGGAUUCAUGACUGCAGUUUGCACGAUUUGGUUUUUUACACCACCAAGUGCUCAUAAAUAUCACAGAUUACAUAAAAAUCUGCAACACUGGAACCCAAGGUCUCUGGAUAUCAAAGAACCCGAGAUACUAAAGGGAUGGAUGAAUGAGAUUUACAGCUAUGAUCCAGAAACUUACCACGCGACCUUGACACAUUCAGUCUUUGUUCGACUUGAGGGUGGGACCUUAAGACUUUCAAAGCCCAAUAAAAAUAUAUCCAGGAGGGCAAGCUACAAUGAAACAAAGCCAGAAGUCACUUACAUCAGCCAGAAAAUCUACGACCUCUCAGACAGCAAGAUUUAUCUUGUGCCUAAAAGUUUGGCUCGAAAACGAAUCUGGAAUAAAAAGUACCCCAUUUGUAUCGAGCUUGGUCGACAAGAUGACUUUAUGUCUAAGGCCCAGUCUGAUAAAGAGACUUCUGAAGAAAAGCCACCAGCUGAGAGAGAGCUGGGAGGCGAGGACCCGAAGAAGCCAUCCCACCCUCAGGAGGGAACAAGAUCUGGCCAGCGGGAUCAGAUACUCUAUCUCUUCGGGAGAACUGGCCGAGAAAAAGAGGAGUGGUUUAGGAGAUUUGUUCUGGCAUCUAAGCUGAAGUCAGAAGUCAGGAAGCCACCUGGUAUCUCUGGAAGUAAACCAGGGGUUUUGCCCUCACACAGCAGGCACAACAGCCCCUCCGGGCACCUGACCCACAGCCGCAGCAGCAGCAAAGGCAGCGUGGAGGAGAUCAUGUCCCAGCCGAAGCAGAAGGAGCUGGCGGGCAGCGUGCGGCAGAAGAUGCUCCUGGACUACAGUGUGUACAUGGCCAGAUGUGUCCCCCAAGAAAACCGAAGCCCCCAGAGGAGCCCUGUGCAGAGUGCGGAGAGCAGCCCCACAGCUGGGAAAAAGUUGCCAGAGGCUCCACCCUCCGAGGAGGAAGAACAGGAAGCCUGGGUGAACGCCUUGCUUGGAAGAAUGUUUUGGGACUUCUUAGGAGAGAAGUACUGGUCUGAUCUGGUGUCUAAGAAAAUCCAAAUGAAACUCAGCAAAAUAAAGCUCCCCUACUUCAUGAACGAGCUAACUCUGACGGAACUCGACAUGGGGGUAGCUGUGCCAAAAAUCCUUCAGGCCUUCAAGCCUUACGUUGAUCACCAAGGACUCUGGAUCGAUUUGGAAAUGUCCUACAAUGGGUCCUUUCUGAUGACUCUCGAGACCAAAAUGAAUUUGACCAAACUAGGUAAAGAGCCUCUUGUUGAAGCCCUGAAGGUUGGAGAAAUUGGCAAAGAAGGUUGCAGGCCCAGGGCGUUCUGUCUGGCCGACAGCGACGAGGAGUCCUCCAGUGCUGGCUCCUCGGACGAAGAUGACGCGCCAGAGCCCAGCGCGGGAGACAAACCGCUUGUCCCAGGGGCCGAAGGGUAUGUUGGGGGUCAUCGAACAAGUAAGAUUAUGAGAUUUGUUGAUAAAAUUACCAAGUCAAAAUAUUUCCAAAAAGCCACGGAGACAGAGUUCAUUAAAAAGAAGAUAGAAGAAGUUUCCAAUACACCCCUGCUACUAACCGUGGAAGUUCAGGAAUGUAGAGGAACCUUGGCGGUCAACAUCCCACCUCCCCCGACAGACCGAAUAUGGUACGGUUUCCGGAAGCCACCAUAUAUAGAGCUGAAAGCUCGGCCAAAACUUGGAGAGAGAGAGGUGACUUUAGUUCAUGUGACAGACUGGAUAGAGAAGAAACUAGAGCAGGAGUUUCAGAAAGUUUUUGUCAUGCCAAACAUGGACGAUGUUUAUAUCCCUAUAAUGCACUCAGCCAUGGAUCCUCGCUCUGCAUCCAGCCUCCUGAAGGACCCACCUGUGGAGGCUGCGGACCAGCUGUGAUGGGUGCGGGUCUGGUGUUCCCAGUAUUAGGAAAUGGAGCUCAAGGUUUGGGGUUCUUGGCUGCCAUCUGGGCUGUGGCACUGGCCUUCCCUGGUGUCACAGCUUCUGCUCUCUGCCUGCCUGGGCCCACUCCACCGUCAAGUGUCCAGACUGCCUGCUGCAAAGCUCUAACUCGGCAAAGGAAACUGGAAGAAUCAUCAGUGGAUCCAGAGAUUACAGGUGACUCACACCAUGGCUUUCCUACCAGUUUUUUGUGGCAGCAAAAGAGCACAUGAAGAACAAAGCUGCACAACUGAAAGGCUUCCCCUUGCCUCCUGACGCCUCCAAAGCUUUUCCUCAAGCAGCCAGUUCAGUGGAAUGUUCUCUCACUUAUAGCCUGUGACGUAGCCCUCCACGUGCAGAGAAUGUCACUGUGGUUACCUGUGUGGAGGGUGGGAAUGGAAUUUUGUGAACUGUUUCUUUGGUGAUAAAGACAUAUGCAUAGCAACCUACUCUUAGUAAAUCGUGCGUUUUGGAAGCAACUAGCCAUAGAACAUACACUCGAACACUGUCAGCUGGGGCGGGGAACAGUGGGAUUCACGUGAACACUGGGCAAAGCCAUGAGAUCAAACCAUCCCCUGCCUUUUACCAACAAGCUAAAUCACCUGGUUUCUAACUUAUCUCAAAUGUUUUCCUGAGACAAGCGUAUGUGAAAAUGUCAAACACUGCACAUGACUGGAGUGGGGCCAGAAAGCCAGAGCCACUGUCUUUUUCCAGCUGGCACCUCCUGUGUGCUCUGGGAAGCUUUAUGUAGGCAUCUUAAAUGCUUUAACUGGUUUGGGAUGUUUUGCAAAUUUCCUUUUCUGAUGGCCAAAAUGGAGAACUGCUCUUUAACAUCUUGAGUCUAGACCAAAACUUUGCUCAACAUCAAACACUAAAGAUCUCAAAAUUAAUGUGACACUUAACAUUGCCAACUUUAUUUUGUGCGUUUGUGUCAGAAUAUUUAGUUUACAAGUUUCAAGUCUCCCUCAAAUUGCAUAAUUUGCUUUGAGAAGUACACUUAAGAUACAAUUUUUAAAAAUUAAAACUGCGUUCAACAAACUUUAUCUUGGGUAACUUUGGACAACUUACAUCUGUGGACAAAGCUAAUAGUUUUUUAAACAGCACCUUGCCUGAACAUGACUUUAAAGAAGUUAAUAUAUUGAAAAAAUAUUUGAACCCUUACUUGAUUACUUUAAUUGCACCAUUAAAAUAUGACCUAAAUUAUUGGAUCAUUCCAGUUGGUGUACUGUUCUAAUUUCUCAUUGUGUAGGCCGAUUUGCCUGUCAGUCCGCAUGUCUUGUUAAUUGGUCUUACUUUUGUGCAAUAACUAUAAAGGCAAAGGACUAGAUGCACUACUGUGUAGCGAUUACACGACUGUAUCCUGUUGCACUUAAUCAAAUAGUAUGUGGGGAUUUACAAUCUUUACAAGCUUGCAUUGUUUCACAAAAUAAAGAUCUCAUGUCAAAUACUA